CUGGUGAAGCUUUGCCAAGGCGUCCACGGACCACCCAGAUACCUUGUGGGUGGGCAGCCCUUUCUUACUUUGGGAAAGUGUUUAUUACAUUCCUGGUGCCUUCAACAUUUUUCUAAACUACUUUGAUGAAGAAGUUGGGACGUUAGUAGGAGACACUUGUGAGAUCAUCAUGGGCAAAAUGUCAGAAAUGGCCUCAGAAGUCGAGGAACAAAUCCCUGUGCAUGAGGAAUUCUUUCUCUGUGGUGGAGUUGAAACCCAGAUCAUAAAAUGUGGGCCCUGGACUAACCUCUUUGAUGAACAAGGUGUCAGCAAGCCAAAACAGCUUAUCUUCAUCAUUCCUGGUAACCCAGGCCUUUCCCCCUUCUACGUGCCAUUUGCCAAGGCCUUGUACUCUUUGAUGAAGAGCCGCUUCCCAGUAUGGAUAAUCUCUCAUGCUGGGUUUUCCGUGACUCCCAAAAACAAGAAGAUUCUUACAGCGCCACAGGAGUCAAGUGCUCAAAAAAUUGAGGACAUCUAUGGUCUGAAUGGUCAAAUAGAGCACAAAAUCGCUUUUCUGAGAGCUCAUGUGCCAAAGGAUGUGAAGCUUAUAUUCAUUGGCCAUUCCGUAGGCAGCUAUAUCGCUCUUCAUGUGAUGAGCCGUGCCCCUGAGCUGCCUGUCGUCCACACCUUUCUACUGUUCCCAACUAUCGAGCGAAUAUCUGAAUCGCCCAACGGCAAGUUUGCCACUCCAUUUUUGUGCUGGUUUCGAUACAUGCUCUAUGCUACCAGCUACUUACUUCUUAAGCCAUGUCCUGAAAUAAUAAAGUCCUUCCUAGUCCAUAAAACUCUGGAACAAAUGAACUUUAAGUCUGAACUUCCUUUGACGGACAUCCUUCAACCAUUCUGCCUUGCUAAUGCUGCCUACCUCGGGAGCCAAGAAAUGAUGCGUAUAGUGAAGAGAGAUGAUGACAUCAUAAAGGAGCUUUUACCUAAGCUUACGUUUUACUAUGGUAAAACGGAUGGAUGGUGUCCACUAAAGUACUAUGAAGACAUCAAGAAAGAUUUUCCAGAAGGCAGUAUUUACCUCUGUGAGAAAGGAAUACCACAUGCUUUUGUUCUCCAUUCUAACCAGGAGAUGGCUACCAUAGUUGCUGACUGGAUAAAUAAUAGACUGCCCAGAAAAUAAGUACCGGCCCAAGGUGGGGGGCAGGGAGGGACCACCUACAGCCAGUACAUGGAAGCUGUACGUGUGCUCUGCUUAGGAGUAGAUGUUAAAUCUUAAUGCUUGAAAGAAAAAUUGAGACCCUCUUGGCUUACAGAUUGCUGGCUCCCACACCCUGUGUUAAGACUAAAGUGAACCCAGCUGAUGGCUCAUUCCAUGGAGGAGCAGUGAGCAGAGGGUGCUGACGGUGCACUUUCCCAGUUCAAGGGAAAAUCAGUUCAGACUCCAUACAGGUCCUGGAUGAGAUCAUCACCAUGAUCUUCAUGAUCCACCUGCAGCAAACCAAAAAUCAAGUUUGCCUGACAUUCAUCAACUAAUUAGACAGAAUUGCUAAAGGAUCCUGACUCUAUCCUGUCACAGCCAACAGGCUGCCCCUGACCCCUAAAAUGCCAGGUCCCUGCAGGCUCCUCUAGAGCCAGAAGGGAGGGAUGAAGUGUACACUUCAGAUUUGUAUGGGCAUGGGAUUUCUCUUCGGUGUGAUUCAUCCAAUGACGCUCCCUGGACAGGAAGCAGUGAGCCACUAAUCCCAUCCAUGAUGCCAUUAGCUACCUUGUGGACUCUUCCCUUCUGAAAAUCUCCUAGAACAUAAUUUUUGGAAAGAUGUUUUAAAUUGUUGAGUAAAACAUUAGCAUAAGUUCAUUCCCCAUUUGCCUAAACUUUGACUGGAAAGAAAUGAUUUUUGCGAGUGAACAGAAUUCCGUAAGCCAUUACAUUUGUAUUACUUCACCUCUACAAGCAUCAGAGUCUAGUAGAAAAGCAUAUCCCUGGCUGAGAAGCAGAGGAAUGCUUCCCUUCCUAACAUACUGAACAGCUACACUACCUUACCUUAAUUGACUCAGUCCUAAGAUCUUGGAGGCCAGUAAACCCAACUGUCUGUGGUGACAGUUGAAUAAUUAAAAGCAUUCCAUUUUCUUGUUAAAAAAAAAAAAAAAAGCUCUCAUAGCAGUAUCAUUCCUCAAGGGCAGUGAGAUGGUCCUUCCUCUCAAAAACCUAAGGCACUGAUGAAAGAUUUGGUUCUGAUGUGCUGCCAGCUCAGUGGUGAGAGAGGAAUGAGUUCUCAUCGUUCAGCAUGGCUUCUGCAGAGGAGCUCAGUUUCUCAGAGGGGAAAAGCCAAGCCUCACACAAGGAGUGCUCUUAGUCCAGGAAGACACUGUGUGGCCCUCACUGGUGUCUGCACAAGGAGGCCUCCUGAAGAGCUGACCUAGGAAGCCAGGAUUCAUGCUCUGAGCGCCUUGCUUAUAGAACGGGCUUGAUCAGUAGUGGGAAUCAACACAUACAAAUAAGUCCUAGUAAAUCAGGCCUACUGGAACAAAAGAAUAGCAUUUGUAGAUCUCUCUUAGAAAUUAUUUUACAUCACUCUUUGUUUCCCAAAUCCUGCUUAAAAGGCCCUGGUUCCUCAUUCCUACUCCUCACUUCAACACCAGAUGAUAUUUUAUAAUAAAUGUCUCAACCAUA